UGGUAGCUAGUAAAAAAUGAGUAGCUUCCCUGCAAAUAUCUCUCUCUCUCUCCUCCAAGAACAUUAUUUCUAGCAUUUUGUGUCUGGUGGCUGGCAGCCUCUGCAUUAUCUGAGGUGAGCUUUCCAAAUCCUUAGGAUUUUUUUCCUUGUCCCUCACUUCCCCGGAUGCCUUACAGCUGGCACAAACUUAUUCCUAAAAUAUGCAGAUGGAAGCUAUGGUAACCAUGGAGACAGGGCCCGUGGCAAAACUAGGCAGAGACAGUAGAGCGACCAAUUUCAACAGAAACAGAGAGAGAAGACUUGAGCCAUUUGGCAAGCAAGAUGGAAAAAUUGUGAGUCUAAGCAAGACUGAGAGCAAAGAGAAGCAAUGAAAAAGGGUGUGUUACAAGGGUCGCUCUUUGCAUGGCCCCUUUUCUAUAUCCCUACCCCUAUCCCAAGAAUAUGGCGAGGAGGCAUCUGGGAAUGCCCCCUUGCUGUAUCUAAAAAUGACCCCAGAUAUCCACUCUCUUCAUACUUAUCUAAGAGGUCUGUACAGGGGAGCUGAGGUCCAAGUUUAUCUAUGCUAUGUGUUCCAUUUUGGGGGAGGUGGAGUGAGGAUGUACUGCUGUGUCGGACUCCAGCUCUCCCUGACAUUUAGACUAGGAGAAAACAGCCAGAUCUCUUGCCUCUGUCUACACAUUAUGGACUCCAGCUGUGGAUCCCAAUCGCCAUUCUCCACCCCUCUGCACAGUGUGCCACGUGCCCUGUGCGGUAGGUCAGGUCUGGCGCACAAGGCUUGCAUAAACACACCAAGCGCAGAGAAUGGGAAUCUGCUGGAGCUCAACGAAAACUGGGAUGGUCCCAGUCGCGGUGGUGGAGGAGUCUCCUAAGGAAGUCUUAGGUUUCGGAGGCUGAGGGGAGGUCGGCUAAGCGUGGUAAAUCAGGAUUGGAGCCUCUAGGUUUUGAGCGUUUCUUUCUGCACGGGUGGGGGAACGGUUUGGUGCACGACGCCCCCACCCGCUGAGACUAGGCUAUAAAUAGCAAGGCAGAGCUCCGCCUCCCCCCCCCUCAGCUUCUCUCCUCCCGAGCCGGCGCCGUGCCCGGGGCGCACCGGGAGGAGGGACAAGGACCCAGAGCCCGGGCGCAGAUAUUGACACCAAGGGAAUCCGGGUGCCCCCCCCGUCCGCCGCCAUGGGGGCCCCGGGGAACCCGGCUCCGCCACCCUGGCUGCCCCGCAGCCCUGGCCUCAGUCUUGGCCAGGCGGAGAUCCUGCGGACAUUCAGGCAUGCAUGCGCUAGGAGGAAGGGGCGGCUCAGAGGCACGAGUUAGAAGAAGGGCUGUGUGCGGUGCGGUGGAGAUCGCCAUCCCACGCCAGAUCUUUUUACCGGUGCCUCAGUUUCCCUGCCUGAAUCCGUCAAUAAGAUCUCUUUCUGGCAGGGAUUGGCUUCGUCACUGAGUCCUCAGGCCUCUGCCAGCCACCAUCCCCACACCUCUAGCCAUCCUCGGCAAGUCCCAGUCUCAGCUCCACCGGUGCUCUCGCCCCCGCCGCAACUAUGCUGCACACCGAGGGCCACGCUCUUCUCCGGGCCGUGGGUCAGGGUAAGCUACGCUUGGCCCGUUUGCUUCUCGAGGGGGGCGCCUACGUGAAUGAGGGUGAUGCCCAGGGGGAGACUGCGCUAAUGGCAGCCUGUCGAGCCCGCUAUGACGACCCUCAGAACAAGGCUCGCAUGGUACGCUACCUUCUGGAGCAAGGCGCGGACCCCAACAUCGCAGACCGCCUAGGGCGCACCGCUCUCAUGCACGCCUGCGCCGGGGGUGGGGGCGCCGCCGUGGCCUCGCUGCUCCUUGCCCACGGCGCAGACCCCUCAGUCCGAGAUCACGCGGGCGCCUCGGCGCUUGUCCACGCCCUGGACCGCGGGGACCGCGAGACCCUUGCCACGCUGCUGGACGCCUGUAAGGCCAAGGGCACGGAGGUCAUCAUCAUCACCACUGAUACCUCGCCCUCGGGAACCAAGAAGACCCGGCAGUAUCUCAAUUCCCCACCGUCCCCAGGGGUGGAGGAUCCCGCUCCCACUUCUCCUAGCCCAGGGGUCUGCACGUCGCCUUCGGAAAUCCAACUGCAGACUGCAGGAAUAGGAGGACGAGGGUUGUUAUCCCCUCGCGCCCAGGAAGAAGAAGAGAAGCGGGAUGUAUUUGAAUUCCCUCUUCCUAAGCUCCCUGAUGAUCCCUCCCCUCCUGAGCCGCUCCCCAAACCACCCCGUCACCCUCCAAAACCACUCAAAAGGCUCAACUCAGAGCCCUGGGGCCUAGUGGCCCCUCCUCAACCGGUCCCGCCCGCGGAAGGGAGGCCGGGGAUCGAGCGUCUGGCUGUGGAAUUCAACGGCCUGACCCUGACCGGUCGACCCCGUCUUUCCAGACGUCACAGCACUGAAGGCCCAGAGGACCCGCCCCCGUGGGCGGAGAAAGUGACGGGUGGGGGUCCUCUCUCUCGCCGAAACACAGCGCCGGAAGCUCAGGAGGCUUGUCCUCCUUCAGGGCUGAGGCAGAAACUGAGCCGUAUUGAGCCAGUGGAGCUAGACAGCCCCGGGAAUAUUUGCCCUGACUCCCCGGAGUGCAGUCGCCUGUCCUCGGAGCGCCGUCGGUACAGCGCCUCCCCGCUGACCCUCCCUCCAGCCGGCUCGGCUCCCUCCCCGCGCCAGUCUCAGGAGAGUCUCCCUGGUGCUGUGUCUCCGCUGAGUGGACGGAGGCGUAGUCCGGGACUGCUGGAGCGUAGGGGCUCCGGGACGUUGCUCCUGGACCACAUCGCGCAAACGCGGCCUGGUUUCCUGCCCCCUCUUAACGUCAGCCCCCACCUCCCCAUCCCCGACAUUCGUCCUCAACCUGGAUGUCGGGCGCCUUCGUUGCCCGCUCCUCCCCAAGCCGGGGCGCCAGGCUCUCCUAGGACCAAGCGCAAGUUGGUGAGGCGCCACUCCAUGCAGACUGAGCAAAUCCGCCUGCUAGGGGGCUUCCAGAGUUUAGGCGGGCCAGGGGAGCCAGGGCGCUGAGAGGAGUGAAAGGAGUCAAGAAGGAGGGUGGGGAUGAGGAACUUGACGGGACAGGUGGGAGAAUCAGCUCACACACAAACCACAGACACUGGGUGACUUGCAUGUGUUCAUGGACACUGCGCAUGCGCACACGGGUAAACGUGUCCACAAGCACAGUGCUUUUACUUGCACGGAAGGGUAAGUGUUUAUUUACGGGGCAUAUAGACACAUGCAUUCAUGUCCUAGUCACUUCACAUGCAUAGGGGAGUUACUCGUGUACCCACAGGCAAGGCACACACAGGACCACUUGUGUGAGGGCCCCAAGUGGGUCCCAAACUCAUUCGCAUUUGUCCAGAAGCAGUAGGUAGCCCUUACUUAGGGAUAGUCUCCAAUCUCUUUGGGCUUUUGCAGAAGCAAUCCCUUGCUUCCCAUGUAUGCCCUGCAACACAGCCCGCUUAUAAUUUUGCACAUUCUAACGUCUUUAUGAAUAUCCCACACCCUGCAGGUCUUGCUUCUCUCACAUGCCUGGCUCCUUGUUCACACACUGCUUCCAGCCCUAACCACUGUUCAGGAAAUCUUGUUCACUCUCCUUGGGGGUUUCUUGUAGCAAUCCCCAGCCUCACUUAUGCUGUUGCCUUUCAUGGUCUGAGCUUUACUUCUCAGCUUCCUGCUUUUUAUUCCCACUCUAUUUCCCCAACCAAUACAAUGGGUUGUCUAAUUUUCCAGGGGGUGGGUCAUGGGCUCUAAACUGCUCUUCUGUCUGUUUGAGCUUAUGAACACCCCCACAGGUAGGAGUGGGGAGUAACAAUAAAUACUCUUGUCUCUACUUACCAAAUAAAUGUGUUGGAAGUCUCUGUUUUGUCAC